AUGCUCACAAAUCAGCCAGAAGCAGUUACGAAACAGCAACCGAUACUAUCAAUCAUGACUCACUCUAACAACUUGAAACAAUUGUCAUCAACUCGCCGCCCAAUGUCAUUGGACGCUGCCCUCAAGACGAUGCCAUCUCCCGACUUCCUUCCACGUGCUCUCCCUAGGGAUGAUUCACCGGAAGGACGAAGAGACUUUUUGGUUGGAAUCUUGGAUGAAGUCCUUGACAUUCUGAAUGAGGACAUCUUCGACGACGAUCUCGACACCAAGUCAGACCACGGCUUGCCGCAAUAA